UGCAGCUGCAUCCUUGGUUUUGUGCAAUCAACCACAGACGGUGAAGAUGAAUUAGCUUUCCACACGUAAGGUUUUGCUCUAAUGUAAUAAACUUAAACCUCAUCAGACAUUCAUCAGAUCUCCACCUAGGGAUUUAUUUACCAUUAUAACAUGCAGUCAGCUGGUUUCCUCCUGUUGUUCAUUUCACUCAGUAUUCUACUCUAUGAAUCAAGUAAUACCCCUACAGCUGAUAUCCCAGAGAUGCUAAAAGUCACUGCAAGAAGUUGCAAAGAACUUCGGAACAAACAUGGAAAGAAAAAAGAUGGUUUGUACUACUUGCUCUCUAAAAACAAUGAGAUUUACCAAACCUACUGUGACAUGACCACCGAUGGCGGAGGCUGGACACUGGUGGCCAGUGUGCAUGAGAACAACAUAAAUGGUAAAUGCACAGUAGGUGAUCGCUGGACAAGCCAACAAGGCAAUGAUGCAAAUUAUUAUGCGGGAGAUGAAACAUGGGCUAAUAAAGUCAUAUUUGGAACUCCAGAAGCUGCAACCAAUGAUGACUACAAGAACCCUGGAUAUUUUGACAUCCGUGGAAAAGAUAUUGCUGUGUGGCAUGUUACCAAUGAUCAUGAACUAGAGUACUGGAGAGUUGCUUCUGUUUUACGCUACCAUACUAAUACCAACUUUCUGACACUUUUUGAGGGGAACCUUUACAACUUCUUCAAGAAACACCCUUUAAAAUAUGGUGGAGGGGCAUGUAGUACUGAUAGAGGAAUUUCUGUUCCUAUUGUUUAUGAUGUUGGCAACGAGAUGAGAACUAAAGAAUUGUAUGGAGAAUAUGUUAGAGCGGAUUUUGACCCUGGAUAUGUAACAUUCAGAGUUUUCAACAAUUACAAUGAAGCCUUUGCAAUGUGUUCUGGGGUCAGGCCAAAAGGAUGCUAUGCACAAUAUUAUUGCAUUGGUGGUGGUGGCUACUUUCCAAGCACUUUUUGCAGCGAUUUCGCCUAUCUUGGUGCAAAUAACGGUGCAACAAAUGCAUAUGGUGCAUCUAAAGAGCUCAUACAAGCAUCUGUGCUUAUUUUCUACCGCUAAAAUACAAGACAUUACUAUAUGUAAUUUCCAGCAACUGUUUCUUUUUGCAUUUAAGCAAAGUUCUUAAUUUGUAGACACACUCACAGACACACACACACACACACACACACACACACACACACACACACACACACACACACACACACACACACGUAUUAUCCCACUGCUGUGAUAAUAAUCUUAAUGGAUUAAGCAACCAUACAAAAAAUGUCAUUAUGCUUGUAUUAUUAAGAUAAAAAAAAAAAAAAAGUGUGAUUUGCCACAAUAUUUGGACAUCUUAACUUGACAUCCCACAUUUACUGCAGCUAUUCUAAUGUCAUUGCACACUACUGUCAUUGCAUUACUAAUGUAUUAGGCUACUUCAUUCCUAAAAUAAUGAAUUAUAAUAAUAAUAAUAAUAAUAAAGCUUUGCAAGAAUA